AUGGCAGACUAUCUCAUCAGUGGUGGCACUUGUUAUGUUCCAGACGAUGGGCUCAUGGCACAACAACUCUUCAGCUGUGGAGAUGGGUUCAUGUACAAUGACUUCCUUAUCCUCCUGGGCUAUAUAGACUUCACAGCAGAUCAAAUAGAUCUAACUUCAGCACUUACCAAGAAGAUACCUCUGAAGACCCCACUUAUUUCACCCCCAAUGGCUAUUGCCAUGGCACUGACAGGAUGUAUUGGGUUUAUCCAUCACAACUACACCCCGGAAUGCCAGGCCAAUGAAAUGCGCAAAGUAAAGAAAUAUGAGCAGAGCUUCAUCACUGACCCUGUGGUCCUGAGCCCUAAAGACUGAGUCAGAGAUGUGUUUGAAGCCAAGGCAAGGCAUGGCUUCUGUGGAAUCCCAAUCACAGACAAUGGCAAGAUGCACAGCUGCCUGGUGGGCAUCAUCUCCUCUCGUGACAUCGACUUUCUCAAGGAGGAGGAACGUGAUCAUUUUCUGAACAAGAUUAUGACUAGGCAGGAGGAUCUAGUGGUGGCUCCUGCAGGAGUCACACUAAAGGAAGCCAAUGAAAUCUUGCAGUGGGGCAAGAAAGGGAAGCUCCCUAUUGUGAAUGAGGAUGAUGAGCUAGUAGACGUCAUGGAACUGAAGAAGAAUCGGGAUUACCUCCUGGCAUCCAAGGACACCAAGAAGCACCUUCUGUGUGGGGCAGCCACUGGCACCCAUGAGGAUGACAAGUAUUGGCUUCACUUGCCAGCCCAGGCUGGUGUUGAUGUGGUUGUGCUGGACUCUUCUCAAGGAAACUCCAUUUUCCAAGUUAACAUGAUCAAGUACAUCAAGGAGAAAUACAACAACCUCCAGGUUAUUGGUGGCAAUGUGGUGACAGCUGCACAGGUGAAAAAUCUCAUUGAUGCUGGAGUGGACAUCUUGAGGGUUGGCACGGGCAGCAGCUCCAUCUGCAUUACACAGGAAGUGCUGGCAUGUGGGCGGCCUCAGGUGACAGAUGUCUACAAGGUCUCAGAAUAUGCACAGUGCUUCGGGGCCCCCAUCAUUGCUGAUGGCGGCAUCCAAAACAUGGGCCACAUUGUCAAAACGCUUGCCCUUGGAGCUUCCACAGUGAUGAUGGGCUCUUUGUUGGCGACCACCACAGAGGCCCCAGGCAAGUACUUCUUCUUUGAUGGGAUCCAGCUUAAGAAAUACUGGGGGAUGGGCUCCCUCGAUGCCAUGGACAAGGACCUCGGCAGCCAGAACUGUUACUUCAGCGAAGCAGACAAAAUCAAGGUAGCUCGAGGGGUGUCCGGGGCCUUGAAGGACAAAGGGUCUAUCCACAAAUUUGUUCCCUACUUGAUUGCUGGCAUCCAGCACUCCCGCCAAGAUAUUGGUGCCAAGAGUCUAACGCAAGUCAGAGCCAUGAUGUACUCAGGGGAGCUGAAAUUUGAGAAGAGGACGUUAUCUGCUCAGGUUGAAGGUGGUGUCCAUGGACUCCAUUUGUAUGAGAAGCGGCUCUUCUGAGAAGUGGCCUUGUUUGCUUUUACUGCCUCUCACCUCUCC